AUGCGCGGGGCCUUAUUAGCGGCAUCUCUGACUCUUUAUUUCAACUCCUCUUUGGCACACCAACACGAACGAAGGCAAUCAACAAACGGAGCAUGGUCGGGUCCUCUUGCUAACGGCGGUAGCGCUUGGGAAAGCGCAUUUGCAAAAGCAAAAGAUAUAGUUUCUCAGAUGACAUUGGAAGAAAAGGUUAACGUUGUGACGGGUAUUGGGGAAUCGAGUCUGUGCGCCGGAAACACUGGCGCUGUUCCGCGUCUUGAUAUCCCGGCGCUUUGCAUGCAGGACGGGCCUGCCGGUGUGCGCCCCGCAAAUUUUGCAUCUCAAUUUCCCGCCCAGGUCACUGUUGCUGCCACAUGGGACCGUGAUCUAAUCUAUGAUCGGGCAGUAGCUCUUGCUGCCGAAUUUAAAGGAAAAGGGAUCCAUGUUAUGUUGGGUCCUGUAACUGGUGGCCCACUUGGCCGAUCUCCUUUAGGAGGUCGUAAUUGGGAAGGAUUCAGUGCAGAUCCAUAUUUAUCCAGUGUUGGCUCCUAUCUCUCCGUCAAGGGUACUCAAGAUCAGGGAGUUGUUGCGACAAGUAAACAUUAUUCAGUAUACGAGCAAGAAACCAACCGUAACUUGAAUAACCCACCCACGGGAAUCAACAACCCUAUUCCCAUCUCUUCGGAUGUUGACGAUGCUACAUUCCACGAGACUUACUUACUUUCGUUUGCUGAAGCGGUUCGUGCUGGCUCUGGAUCCAUCAUGUGCUCGUACAACCGCGUCAACGGGUCUCAUUCCUGUGAAGACAAUUAUACCCUUAACAAGAUUCUGAAGGGAGAACUCAACUUUCAAGGCUACGUGAUGUCUGACUGGUUUGCUCAGUGGAACAAUGUCGAUUCUGCUCUCGGUGGUAUGGAUAUGUCUAUGCCUGGUACUGGUUUUUGGGGUUCUGCCCUUGUUUCGUUGGUUAAAAACGGGACUGUGCCCACUGCCCGACUCAAUGAUAUGGUACACCGUAUUCUGACCCCAUAUUAUGCACUUGGUCAAGACGAGGGCUAUCCUUCCGUUCAGUACAACACUAGUGGGAUUAACGCGAACCAAUAUUUGUCCCUUAACCCCGGAAACACCAAUAUCAAUGUUCAGGCCGACCAUUACAAGGUCAUUCGGAAGAUUGGCGAAGAUAGCGCGACCCUUCUGAAGAAUGUACGGACUAAUGGAGGUGGCCUCCCACUCAAGGCACCUAAAUUCCUAUCAGUGUUUGGACAGGAUGCCAGUGCCAACCCGGAUGGCCUCUUGUCCUGUGGUGUCUUCAACCAGUGUCCGACAGGUCACUUCAAUGGUACAUAUAGCAUUGGUGGUGGAUCGGGGAGCGCAUACGCACCAUAUAUUGUGACUCCACUCGAAGGUAUCCAGGCGCGAGCAAAAGCAAACUCCACACAGGUCAAUUGGAUGCUCAACGAUCUGGAUUUGGAAAAAGCCUCCUUGAAUGCGGCCAUUGCCGAUACAUCGAUUGUUUUUACCUAUGCCUACCAGCUUGAAGCUCUCGACCGCGACAAUCUCACCUUAUGGAGCAACGGGGACGAAUUGAUCAAUACUGUUGCGGCCCAGUGCAACAAUACAAUUGUGGUUAUUCACUCCGGAGAAGCAGUCUUGAUGGAGAGCUGGAUUAAUAACCCAAAUGUCACGGCGGUAGUCUUUGCGUAUUACCCUGGGCAGGAAACUGGAAAUGCGAUUGCGAGUGUACUCUAUGGUGAGGUCAAUCCAUCCGGAAAGCUUCCAUUCACCAUCGGGAAGUCGUUAUCUGAUUAUCCUCCCAAUGGUAUUGCCACUGGCACUAGUAACGAUCCCCAUGUUGUGUUUGAGGAGCGUAACUUGAUUGACUAUCGUUGGUUUGAUGCGAAAAAUUUAACCCCUCGCUUUGAGUUCGGGUUUGGAUUGAGCUACACUACAUUUGAAUAUAGUGGUAUUAAGGUGAAUUCAACACCUGAAAAACCAACGGACGGCGUUCAGCUUACAAACGAGCCUUUCGAUGGCAAUGCUACCCUGUAUGACGUAGCAUACACUGUGACUGCGACCGUGAAAAAUACGGGUUCGCAAGCUGGGUGCGAGGUCGCCCAACUGUAUCUCUCAUACCCGACUGGCCAAACUAACCAGCCGGUGCGCUCCCUACGUGGUUUCGAUAAAUUGUGCAUAGACGGGGGGGAAGAGAAGACCGCCACGUUUAAGUUGCGGCAAAAAGACCAUGCAGUAUGGGAUGUGGGAGAGCCUGGCGUGGUCGUAGGAAGGGCAGGCUCGGAGGACGUGGUCAAGAGUUUGGCGGGGGGCCCCGCAAGGGCAGCUGGGGUCGUCGCCAGGUCGGAAUCGCUCUCGGUAUUCGCCCAGGAAGGCGUGGCCCAUGAUGACCUGGUUUAA